AUGCUGGAUUCUGGACGAGUACAUUUGAUUCCGGACGUUGUUGAAAUCUCCAAAGACCCAAAAGGCCAUAUUGGGAUAGCUAUUGGUGGCGGGGCUCCUUACUGUCCCAAUUUAUAUGUGGUGCAGGUAUUUGAUAAUGGUGCUAUUGCCAAAGAUGGCCGAAUCCAUGCCGGUGAUGAGUUGUUAUCAGUGAAUGGAAUCAGCGUUCGAGGAAAGGAAAAGAGUAAAGUGGCCAAAAUGAUAAAAGAACAUACAGGUGGACUUCUUCUUUUGUGACUUUGACUCUUUCUAGGUACCCUUAAACUAUCGGUGAAUCGUCUAAGUUUUGAUGACGAAGCUGGACAAACCCUGGACAUUACCCUCAAACGGUUGAAGCACUGGUGGGUCGAGAGAAUGGACGCGAAGACAGCAGAUGCCUUUGGUCUGAGCAGGGCCAUCUUAUGUAAUGACAUCCUGGCCCAGCUCAUGAACAAGUUGGAUGCCAAUCAACAACUGUACACUGAUCUGACACGGACUGCUGACGGCUUUGUUCAUAACCAAAGGAAAUUGUCGGAUACUUUCGCAUUAAUUGCGAAUGUUUUUUCUGAAGUAGCAACCAGAGAAUCCGAGAGCAAUCUUAACAAGUAUUUCAACGAAGUCUCAGCUUGCCAUCGCAACUUUGUGAAAGAAACUGGCCCUUUAUUAGCUCAACUCCAAUUAGUCGCCAACACAUUCAGGACAUAUACGGAGAAGGCGAUCCCAGACACCAAGGAUACGAUAAAGAAAUAUCUGGAUAAGAAAUUCGAAUAUCUUUCGUUUUGUCUGAAGAUCAAAGAGAUGGAUGACGAAGAAGCACAAAUGGUCGAAUAUGGAGACUAUCUGCCCCGAAUUGAAUCUGGGAAUAUGGAGUAUCGGUAAGUCAUUCAAUCUGCACCGAUCAUGCUGAGAAGUCGAGGUUUAGGAUCAUGUUGAGAAGUCGAGAGAAAAGCCGAGAUGGGUUUAUUGAGAUGCGGAAACAUGUUAUGAUUAAGAUCGAGAUGCUGGAUGAAAAACAUGGUAUGUUUUAAAUCAUAAUACAAACACAAGUCCUUAUACUAGUGCGUGAACUCGGGUUACAUCUCCGCUGCCUAAUCGAAGCGUUGAGUGUUUACCAUGGUAGAUGUGCCACGGUAAUCGAGGAAUUCCAUCGUAAUACCGCUCACCUACUCUCCGAAUACAAUUUGGAGAACACUGAAGGGAAACGAUCGGCUUUCCAGCCUCAACAACACCUUGUUGAUUUCGAUGAGAUGAACGCCCCGUUGAUCUCAAACGAUUAA